AUGGCACCCCCGACUGAGGAGCAAGCUAUGCUCAAGUCUGUCCUCAAAUACGAAGUUGCGACAGGGAAUCCCCUUCGCCCCGGCGAGAACCGAUCUCACAGCUACUUCGAAACACUGAGCCAGCAACGCGAUUUGCCCAUCAUGCAGGUAGAGAUUUUCAACAAGUUCCUCAGACUUUACAAAGACAACCAGGUGGUGGUCGUUGCCGCUGAGACAGGCUCUGGAGACUCGAUACAGCUCACGAAGCGAAUCAUGUACCUCGAACUCGACAAAGGCCUGCAGGUUGUCUGCACUCAACCUAGCCCCGACGCAGCCAGAGAGUUGGGUGAGCGCGUCGCAGUAGAGCUUGAAGUUACGUUCGGUGAACAGGUUGGUGUUCAGUAUCGGAAGUACAACAAGACCAAAAAACAGACCCGAUUGAAGUUCGUGACAGAUGGGAUGCUUCUCCAGCAAAUUGGGAACAAUCCUACAAUGGUCGGCUGUUCAUGCGUCAUCCUUGAUCUCAACGAGCAAACAAUAAACGUCGAUCCUCUCCUUGCUCUACUCAAGAAAGCCCUCGCUCUCCGUUCCGACCUCAAAGUCGUCAUCAUGUCAGCAGCCGAGUCCGAAAAGUCCGCUAGUUACUUCAACGUUCCGCAAAUCUUCAAAAUCGAAAGGUGUUCAUUCCCGGUUCAGAUCCAAUACAUUAACGAAGCUGACCCCGACUAUUGCGAGACGGCUUUUCAUCUAGUGCAACAAAUCCAUGAGUCCGAAGACCCAGGUGAUAUCCUUGUCUUCUUGGCAUCUAAACCCCAAGUGAACCGUGCGGUCAAGAAGCUGCGUGGCGCUAUCCCAGAUAUGGAGACUUUCCCAUUGCAUGGGAGACUGUCUGAGGCAGAAAAGGCGAAAGCCCUUUGUUCUGGUGAGAAGCGCAGGUGCGUUAUUACUACCAACAUCGCCGAAAGUAGUGUCGCUGUCGAUGGCAUUGUCUAUGUCGUUGGUAGGUCAAUGGAUAUCCUCAUCGGUGUUGAGAAGCUAAUCUCUGCUGUAGACUGUGGUGUCGAGAUGGAGUCGGUCUUUAACCCUCGCGUCAAAAUGAAUACCAUCCAAGCUGCGCCAAUCUCCAAAUCAACCGCCGACCAGAGAGCUGCAUGCGCCGGACGAAGUCAACCAGGGCUCUGUUACCGCCUAUACACGAUGAAGACAUAUGAUGAGACCCUACUCGAGGUCUCGCCUCCCAGUCUCCUGAAAGACUGCUUCACAACGGCCAUGUUAGCUUUGAAGAGUGCAGGGAUUGACUCUGUCGGUACUUUCGACUUCCUCGAUCCUCAGAAAGAGGAAGUCUAUCUCCGUGGGCUAGAGGAUCUCAAAGCGAUGAGUCUCAUCGACGAAAACGGAACCGUCACUCGAGCUGGCAAGGCUGCCGCUACGCUUUUUAUUGAUCUCACCUGGCACAACGCAUUCGAGGAGGCCAUCAGGCUGGGCUGCCUGUCUGAACUCAUCGACAUCGCUGCUCUCGCCAGUGUGAAGAACCCCAUCAUCCUCAAACCACACGAGACACAGCAUGCAGACGGCGCGUCACAAUUGCCGGAUCAUUUGGCACAGCUCAACAUUAUGUACACAUACUUAAACAGACACCGCGACAUGUCUAGUCGGGAGCUAGCUACCUGGUGUCACGAAGCAUUCCUGAGUCAGGCGUCGCUCCAUGAGGCCUUGGACCUACGACUGGGUUUGGUCGGAUGGUGCAAAGCAAAUUUUCGUGUUUCUGAAAUCUCUUUCCUGACCCCAGGUGACAAAGACUACCACGACAAGAUCCGCAAAGCCCUCGCUAAAAGGUCCGUUCACCACGCUGCGAUCAGCGAUGUUCCCCAACAGCCAGAUCAGCACCACAAGAUGGAGGACUCCCCGAAGCAGUAG